CUCGCUCUCGACUUUUUUUUUCUUUCUCUGGAGUUCAAGCUCUUUAGUCUGACUUUGUCAUUUUAAAUAUACAGCUAAUACAGUAGCCCACACAGUGAGACGAAACGACUUUCCUCAGGAGCAUAGGGCUACAUGGAACAACACAAAGUUUAGACUACACAGAACAAACCAAGACAGACCUACACAGGACUACAUCAAGUGAACCUGUGUGAACAUGUACAAGCAGCGCCAGAUAGUUCAAAAUUGCAAAAACAUUUAAAUAAGCAAUAACUGUGUGUGCUAGUGUGUGUGUGUGUGUGUGAGGGGAAUGUCCGUCCAGACUUAGGGUGUUGAGGAGUCUGAUGGCUUAGAGCAGUGCUUAGAAGAAGAAACUCCUUGUCAGUCUUGAUGGAGGGCCCCCUAUGUUUGGAUACCUUUUAUGGCAGGAGGCUGAAACGUUUGCGUGAGGGGUGCGUGGGGUCACAAUGCUGACAGUGUGGCAUGUCGUACCCUCCUGUGUCCACUAGAAGGCAAUAAAGGAACCCAAAGAUUUACAAUAGCUUCACAUUUACAGUAGAUCAUUAUUUCGAAUCAGUUUUCAGGUGUAUGUAUUGUAUACACCCGGACGUCGUGUCCUUGGGCAAGGCACUUCACCCUACUUGCCUUGGGGGGAAUGUCCCUGUACUUACUGUAAGUCGCUCUGGAUAAGAGCGUCUGCUAAAUGACUAAAUGUAAAGGCUACAUUUGGUGGAUGAGUCAUUUAGAGAGGUUAUUGCAUUCCCAUUUCCUAGAAGGCCAUUGUGCUGGUCACUUGGUCACCUGGGGGAAGUUUAAAAACAUCUCAUAAAAGCAGAAGGGAGUUGGGGGGUGGAAACAGAAACUAUCACCCGCACUGUAUACUGUUCUCUGGAGACUAUAUAACCCUAGUCACCUACACCAGUCUAGUAUCUUUGACUGGCAGUGAUAGUGAGCCUGAGGGGAGGUAAACAGGGCUCUCAGGACUGAGACACACCACGCUGGACUAGGCAGAGGGGAGAAGAUUGUGGAAGACCGUCUUCUGUGUUUGGAGAACGUUGAGUAUCUGGGCAAAAAACAAGCGUUCAUCUUUUAUAAGGAGAGUUUGGUAUCUGGCUUAGGGCCCGAGAGAGUGUAACGACGAUGCUUCUUCCAGCAUCCAGUGGAGCUUUGUUCCUGCUCUUGGCUGGUCUCGGGGGCCUGUCCCUGGGGGAGGUGGGAGACUUCAGUCCCUGCCUCCAGUCCUUCUACAAGGGGGUUCCUCCAAUAGGUGUAGGCAGUGAGGGGUACCAGCCUAUAUGCCAGCGUUACCGGAACCAGUACCACUUUGCCAGUUUGUACCAGCGCCAGCGGAGAGUUCCCCUCUACUCUGCAUACGUGUUUACAAAUGGUGAUGGGAAACGACCCAAGAGCAACUGGAUGUAUGAACCACAGCUAGCAUUCGCUGGUGCCAGCCCGGAGAUGAAACGCUUCCCGCGCAAGAAGCCCGUGGACCAGAACGUUGUGGAGAGCCAGGCGGUUCUCCAGGACUACACCAACUCCUCAUACACCAGGGGCCACCUGAACCCCAGCCAGCACCACCAGAACCAAGAGGACCGCAAGGCCACCUUCACCCUGACCAACGUGGUCCCCCAGCGGAAAGGCUCCAACUCCGGUCCCUGGGCCCAGCUGGAGACCGAGAUGAAAGCCCGCCUGGGGGCCUACUGCCUGGGCCCCGCGUACUUGAUCACGGGGGCUAUGCCGUAUGUGACAGAGCGCUGGAUGAACCAGCGCGUGGCCGUGCCCGAGUACAUGUGGUCGGCUUACUGCUGCCCCGUCCACAACGCCAGCCUCCCCGCCUCGCUCGCCUCCUUCUUCCCCACGCGUGCAGCGGUGGGACGGAAUGACAGACAGAGCGGGGGGGAGAUCGUUCCGGUGGAUCCCGAGGCAAAGGGCUCUUCUCUUGGGUACGAUGUGAGGAGGAUGUCCCUGGACGCCCUGGAGGAUAUCCUCUGGCAGAGGCUGGCCAUACCCAUCCACCUGUUCACUAACCAGUGCCUGGGGGGAAGAGUGAGCCCCUGAGUCAGUGUUCCUGCACGUUCACCAAAUACAGUUUGCCCGAUUCAGCUGUCAUGACCGCUCCACUGUUUUGAUAAGGUUACUGAAAAUAAAUCUUUGUGUAUCUAAUGAA